UGCUUCGAUUUGAAGUCGAUAUUAAAAUUGCUCACUAAAUUUUCUUAAGCAAAUUUAAUUCUAAUCUAAAUUGUCCAAAAUAGAAAAACGUUUCCUCGUCCGCGAGAUAUGGAAAAAUAGACAUAAUCAUACUUAAGUGUUUCUCAUAUAAUAAUAUUAGUGCUGUAAUUGUCUGCGACUCGUUUAUCGAGCUCCAUUGUAAAGCCCGCACGAUGUUGUCGUUAAUUACAUCGGUUGCAAUACUUUCUAGGUGUUUCGUAACGAGCUAUAUGUAUCUCAAACAGUGUCUAUGACUCAAAUGACAAAAAUGUUUAAUUAUGUAACGCGUUAUCUAUAAUACCUAAAAUCGUAUUAAGAUGAUUAUAAUAUCUAACGCAGCGCAUUAUCGGUCAUUUAAAUUAAAAUGACCUUUAUUCUACAUUCUCUCUCUGAGGGAAUUGAUUCACAUUCGAUAUUUUAUUUCGACAUUUCGAAGCUCAUUAAAUCGUUAUUACUAAAUCUAUUCAUUUUACCUUAAUCAAUAGCUCGUCUCUUCAGUAUCUCUCCCAGCUCGAAAUGUGUCUUCUUAUCUCACGGAAAUUAUUAGAUGAUAACGUAUCCAUAUCAUUCUUAUCGUAUAUAUAUUGCAGUUUAGUAAUUCAAAGAAACUAACGAUGAUGCGUCGAAUAUGAUUCAUACUUUUCAUUGAAACAAAGAUGUCACAAAGAUUCUCCGUUUCUUUCUUCUUUUUCCUAAAAAAUUAAUUCAUAAUAUUAGAAGAGAAAAUCAGGAUAUGCGAAUUAAUAUAAUAUACGUACAACGAGAUCACAUGCGGAACACUGUAUUUUAGACAUAAUUUAUUCGAAACUGCGAUGUGCAUCCAUAAUUUAUUUUUACAUAACACUCUACACUCAGUACGGGCCGAUUUCAUUUGAAACGUGGAAAAUGCAGGUGACAGACCGAGUAGGCGCGACAAUAUAUGUGAAAUUAAAGUGCAGAUAUUAAAACAGAUGGAUGCGCGACACUAUCUCAUCAGUCAGCUGAAAUAAAAGCCGGAAACUACAGGCGUCGGUAUCGGCUUUCGGAACGAUGACUCAUACUGGGACAAUUCAUAAUUUCCUUUCUGUUUGCGUCGCUCAUAUGCUCUGUCAUGCGUCUCCAGCGCGGAGAAACAAUUUGAUUAAUCCUGGAAGCGGACAAUAGAUGGGAGAUCCGGUUAAUAACGGUACUCGGGAGACCCAGUUUUCUCAUCUGAACGUUUCUCUUUUUUUACGAGGACUAUAAUUUUCGAUAAUAAAAUAUGUUAGAUGACAAGAGAAAACUUGCUUUAUCUUCUGGUGAUUGUUUGUAUAUCAUCCCUUUAAAUCUAAAGCUGUGUCCUCAUUGGAGCAACUUUUUGUUCAUGUUCCAGGUUUCUUAAAAAAGUUGCUAGUUGUUGCCGAAAGUUUUUUAAAGUUUCUUACUGUUUUUGUUGUGUGUUUCCAUUUGAAACGAUAAAAAUAAAAGAAAAUGCAAAAGAAUAAGUCCUUCAAUGUGGACCUUCAAUUUUCAGUGACACAGUCGCGGUUAAAACUGGAAUAGGAACAAAACCCAAAUGUUCCUGUAAUUAUGUUUCUUUAAUAUGGCAACAAAAUGUUGCCGCAACAUUGACAUGUAUCAAAUUAUUUUGAAACAUUUAGCAACAAUAAUAAGCGACAAAAAGUUGCUCGUUCGACAACUGUUGUUGCUGGCAACAGAAUAUCAACAUAAAAUUGCUCGUUGUUGCUCUAGUGAGGACGCAGCUUAAAGCUCGUAUUGGUUUAAAAUUGAUAUAAAUUCGAACCGCCUAAAAAAAUGAGAGGAACUCUCAUAUGUCUCAGGAUCUCAAUGGGUUAGCGUCGAAGAAUACCGAGAACACUCAUUUCUGGAGCGACAUUACUGCCGGCCUAAUUGGAGGAAGUCGCGAUGGAGGUGAAACCAAUACCGAAACCGCGAUCGAUUCUGCCCGAGAGCAGGCCGGUACCGGCGCCCCGGAGAAUCCUGACGUCGACCACCACCUCGCCGAUGGCGCGUUCCAGCAGUCCAACCAGCGAGUCCGGUCAAUCCGAGAAGAGCGACGACCAGAGGUCGACCGGGGAGAGCACUCGCGGCAAUCACGAGUUCUUCCGCAAUCUCAGCACGAGCUCGCGCCAGUUGAAGGACGAGAUUUCGGAGAAAGUAACGGUGAAGGGGCGCGCCGUCAUCUCCAGCACGCGAAACGCCAGCAUUCGGUUGGAGAGGUCGGUGAAGAACCUGUUAACGCGACGAUUGUCUUCUCUGAAUCAAGACGACGUGGUCGGCCAGGGCAACGUCGUCCAGAAGAAGCUCAACGAUCCGGCCGAGGAGGACAGAUGCGUGUCAAUGCCGGCAGACGACAUUUUCAGCAGUAUCUCGUUUUACAGUCCGUUAAGUGGCAAUCUCAGGAGUGUGAAGAACGAGGAGGAUUUAUCCGCCAGGCACAGCCCGCCGCCUCCGGUUUAUCCGCCGCCUCCACUUCCGGACGAGUCUAUCUACGACGAGCUGCAAUCCGUCACGUCGGGAAGUAGUGGCCGAUACGACACUCUCAGUUCCACGGUGUCCGACAAAGUCGAGCGGGACUUUCCCGAGUCGUUCAAUCUUCUCAGCUUCGCGCGAAAUCAGGGCAGCGAUUCCGACCAAAGCCUAAACUUGUCCGACGUCAAUAUAAAUCUGUCACUUGAUCGAUCUGAAAGCUCUGCCAAGAAACUGUCGAGAUCAGACUCUUGGACCUUCUACGAUGCCACAUCCAGCAUUAAUACCGACGAGGUAGACAGAGUAUCUAGCGUAGAAGAAGAAAGCUCGGAAAAGUCCAUCGAGAGGGACACAACAACGUUGGACCGAACCUCUUGCGCGUCCAACGAGAGUCAGGCUUCCAUUCAAAACUCUCUCUACGAGAAUCUGUCACCGCCCAGGGUCGAUUACCAGCAACAACCGGCAAUCAUUCCCGAUUUCCCGGAUACGAGGCAGCAGAGCAGCAAGUCCCUACUCUUCGAGUUCGAUCCAUUCGCGAGGACGUCCGAGGAUGAGAACGUCUACAGUAACUACGAAAACAAUGAUCUGAUGUUACUGGAGACUUUGUUGGCAACCAACGAUUCAUCCGGCAGUGCUGACAGCACCCUCGAAUUUCGCGAAAGCGCUGAAGAAGAGCAGGAGGACGAGGACUUGACGCAUCCUGGCAUCAGUUCGACACCUCCGGAGCCACCCAAGAGAUUCGAUUCUCUUCCGAAGAACGAGUACGACGUACCGGAAGGCACGGAACAGCCCGACAGGAUCCAAGCGUCGAGUAAGAAUCCUCCUCUCUUGCCAAAAUUGGCACAUUUGGUGACCAAAAAGCAGCCUGCAGUUCCUCCCAGGAAACCUUCCGCGAGGAUCCCUUCUACGGACACUCCUUCGAUUCCUCAAUCGGCUGCGACGACGAUGACGUCACCCGCCAAUAAUAACGUCGAGGAGAGUAUCACUAGUCCUUUGUCGGGCACACCGAAGAUUGGCGAGGAGAAUCGUAAAGUGAGUGUGAUACAAAAGCUGAAAAAACUGCGACAGGAGUCCACCGUACAUGGCAUCAGGCCAAACGUGAUUAGUUUUGUGAAGAGCGGCAGUAAAUUGUUGUCCAGAACUCGCGAGCACAUCGGCGAGUCCGGCUCGAGGUCGUUGCGAAUGGAGAGGCCAAAGGUCAAUGUUCCGCACAAUCCGGUCACACACAGAGGAAUGGUGUACAGGCCGGGAAUGGGCAUCGAAAGGGCCAAGGACCUCGUGCCGAGAGCUGCAGUGUUGCUCGAUCGGAAAUUAUCGUUCUACACUGACAAGAGCAUGUCUACGGUGAAAGAGGUCGUGGAACUGGAGACAGUGCACAGUAUUCAUCUGCUUCAGGAUGUCAAAACCGUGGACGGCGAGACGGUGCAUUGCGUGGCGAUUAGCGGCGCGGGCAGACCGAGCGUGCACGUUUUCUACGCGAAGGGUAUCGCCGAGAGACGGAUCUGGGCGCAGAGGAUCCUCGAGGCCACCACGCCGGUCUUCCCCACGAGGUACACUGCCGAACUCACCAGAGCGGGCUGGGCUUACUUAAAGGAAGGCGUAACAGGGACAUGGUUCCCAGCUUGGGUUCUUCUACACCAAAGGACUUUGAUUUACACAAAAUCUUUAGAGCCUGCUUUUGCUGUGAAUUUUGAACAGGUGGAUUUGCGGAAAGCGCGUUGUAUCGUGCUGCGGGAACAGGAAGGCCCGAUCGCCGGAAGCGGGGUGGUUCCGGUCGUAGUUGCGGAUGCCAGGGGUAGCGGUGCCCUGCACAUCGCCACCCCGGGACCCCACGAGGCAACCGCUUGGCGACACGCGCUCUAUCAGGCAGCCACCAACUGCGGCCCUGCCUUAGAUCAGCAGCAGAUCACGCAAGACAAUGUGCCCGUCAUCUUGGACAAAUGCGUCAACUUUAUCUACGCGCAUGGCAUGAUGUCGGAAGGCAUUUAUCGUCGCAGUGGAUCGAGUAGUGCCGUAGUGAAAUUAUUGGAAGCUUUCAGAAGAGAUGCAUGGGCCACCCAAAUCACUCGGAAUUCGUAUACGGAACAUGACGUAGCUACAGUUCUUAGAAGAUUUUUGCGGGACUUACCGGACCCAUUAUUCCCUGCCAAAAUACAUGAUCGACUCUGCCUCACCGCCGACUCGACCAGCGAAGAAAAUAGGGUGGCAACUUACCAGAAGUUACUGUCUACUAAUCCCGUGACGUCGGCGACGCUUCGUCGGAUCCUGGCGCAUCUUCAUGGUCUCAGUCAGCAGAGCGCUAGGAACCUGAUGACCGCCGAAAAUUUGUCAGCUGUUUGGGGCCCAACAUUGAUGCACGCUGGCGGGAACAGCGCCGAAGAGUGGAACCGCGCGGAGACCAAGGUCGUCGGUGAUCUCAUCAAGUUGUACCCGAAGCUCUAUCAACUGUCGUCGGCUGAUUUGGCCAAGGAGGCAAAAAUGCUGGAGGUCUUGGAAAAACAUCACGUAUCCAAUAAUGGACCGCGAGGCGCGCCUUCGGGAGAUCUCAAGAUCUGGAUAUACAUCUUAUCGCCAGACGGACAGUGCAUGAAUGUCACUAUCGGACCUCAAAAGACUGCGUUUGACGUAUGCCGGGAACUCGCUGAGAAAACCAAUUCAUCAGCUCAUGAAUUGUGUCUAGAAGAAUACACUCUGUCAGGUGCGCUGGAACGGCCGUUGCAUCACAACGAACGUGUUCUGGAGGCGGUGGCGAGAUGGGGAUACUGGGAUCCGGAUGAUAGAAAAGAUAAUAUCCUCAUCCUCAAGAAGGACCGAUUGUACAAGGACAUCGUGCCUCUGGUGAAACCGCCUAUGACAAUCUCCGGAGAACUCAAAUUCGCGGACACCAAGACGAAGAACCUGAAGAAUUAUCUUUUCGAAUUCAGCCAGGCGAAGCUCUGCUGUUACAAAGACAAGGUGUGCUCCGUGAAGCUUCAUGAGUGGAAGAUAGAGGAUAUCGUUUGGUACUUGGGACACGAACCUAAACGCAAUCCACAGAUGGGCUGGUCUGUCACGUUCAUCUCGAAAAACAAGAAACCUACGAGAUGUAAGGAUAGCCCGUAUUUUGGGAAUACCUUAGCAGGAACAUCCAAGGACGAACAGUACAGAUGGUUGGCGGCCAUGCUCUUCGGGGAGUAUCAAUUGAAUCUCCGACCUUCCGCGGUGAACCUCAUGGAUCCAUAAUUGAUUGAACCUAUAAGUCACUUAGGUGACCUCCAAAGUGUGAUAAGUGAUACUUUCUAAUAAUAAAUCGUGGUACAGACUUUGAAUAUAAAAAAAGUGUAACAUAUAUAUUUCAGUAAGAAGAACUGGCUUAAUAUACGGUAUCCUAAAAGUUUGAUCUCUAAAAAGCGAUUAUAAAUUGAAUUAUUUUUUUACAAAUCGAUUAGCGUGUGAGAAACUUUGUCAUCUUUAAUGAUCUCAGAUAGCCAGUGUGAACACAAGUUGUUUUCAUGUUGCUAACAAAGAUGUUAGUAUUUUACUACACAUCUAUGUCGUCUAUUAUGCUGUUUGCUAACAUUUGAUGCCGAAAAUGAAACAUUUGCACGUUUUAAACAUUAUGCUGGUGUUAGAAUUAAAUAGAUGUUGACAAUGCUGACAUAAUUAUAGCAACGUAUUUAUAUAUCUGUUAGCAAAGAAAACAUUAUAUGCUAUUAUAUGAUUUUUGUUAACAGUAUGCUUAUUUGAUAUGUUUCUUCUUUAGCUGAGCAUUUGAUUACGACAAAAUGUUAACGUCAUGCUAGCUACUCAAAUACUUAAUUCAUAUUCCUAGCAAAGAAUCAGCAUCGAUUACUGGCAUCUUAUUUUUAUACGUUAUUUAGGCAUACUUGGUUAUCUGGGAUGCUGUGAGUCCAUCAUUACUGUAACUCUAAAAAUUAUGUUAAUUAUCGCGUCAUAUAUAACAAAUUAUAUUUUUAGAAAAAUCAAAUCAACGAUAUAAAAAUCAGUAAUACAAUGUUUUAUAAUAAAUUUGUUUUCGAUAUAUGUA